CUCACUCGCAAUUUCGGUAUCUCGGCUUCUGUGUCUAGUUUAGACUGCCUAGUUGUUGUCAUCUCACCCGAUCACCAUUUGUUAUUCUCGUGUGAUGGAGAUUAUAGUUGUCUAAUUGGGGUUGAUCAACAACUGUUUGCCUUUAUCGGUUUAGGUGAAAAAUGGGAGUCGGCUGGAUGUGGAACGUCAUCGUUGCAGGUUGCUUUGUGACAGUGACUUUGGUGUCAGCUCGUUUGUGUGUUCUGGGCACGGAACCAGAUGAAUCUUUUGGCGGCAAAGUUCGGUUUGUUCUCCCGCCGGGUGAUCCGUGCUCCUGCACUGAACUCAUGCUGGGCGGACACAACUCUUAUGCACCGCCCAGAAAGGACAAACCCGUCUACAUCGACAACUUACCAAUGGACGCUGACGGACUCCGUAGAUCACAAGGAUGCCCAGAAAAAAGCACGCGAAGAGAAUCGACGCAAACGCCAACUUCUAAGGUGGAGACAACCGAUUUGCCAACUACCAGGGAAACUCUAGCACCGGUAGUGUAUAAAGACUGCCAGGAUGCUUUAGAAAAGGGUCAGACAACCAGCGGAGUAUACACCAUCGAACCGUACGGGGUCAAUUUCGAUGCAUAUUGCGAUAUGGCAACAGAAGGGGGGUACAUUGUGAUUCAAAAACGCUUCGAUGGAUCUGUAGACUUUAACAGGAACUGGGCCGAUUACAAAACCGGUUUUGGAGACCUAAAUGGAGAGUUCUGGCUUGGGAACGAAAAGCUCCAUCAGAUAACAUCCCAAGAUCCGAAGUAUGAACUGUUGGUGAAUCUGACUGCAUUCGACGGCUCUGUUGCUCAAGCUCGAUACAGUGAUUUCAGCGUCAAAGGCAAGGAGGCUAAAUACGAGAUAAACGCUGGUUCUUUUGUCACCGGCCGCGCUGAUAACGGUUUGGAAUCGAAAAAGUUCUCAACGUCUGACAGUGACAACGACGACGAUGAAAAGAAUUGUGCUGGGUUGCUGAGUGGCGGUUGGUGGUUUUCUAAAUGUUCGACCGCACCGAGUAAUCUAAAUGGCGUGUACUCCGACACCCACGUGGGAAUAUACUGGUCACCAUGGAAGGGUAGCGACGUAUCCCUUAAAGCAACUGAAAUGAAGAUAAAAAUAUGUUUGGAAGGUUGUUAAGAAUGUCUUGAAUUUAACUUAUUGUAAGUUUGAGUUGAAUACUCCACUGGCCCUCUAUACGACGCCACGAGUCAGUCUUUAAGCCUGCUUUGUUACGGCCAAACAUUAAUGUGUUUAUUGUUUAGGACAAUAUCAUUACAUAUAAGUUUAAUUGUUUCAACAAAUAAUUGCGAGCAAAUUAAGAGUAAUUCGAUAUUUAGAGUAAAAACUUAUAUGAGCACAAUUUUAAUUAUUUAAUUUCAUUAAAAUUGUGACACUUUGAUAGAUAAACUUGAAGUAAUGGUCUGAUAUUCAGAAACAUUCUGACGUCACAUUUUGAGGCUCGUGCAUUCGCCAGAGAUCUGCGUUGAGCCUAGAGUCCAGAAUCACCUUUGACCUCGCAUCCAUUUCACAUGAAGAUUCGCAGUCAAAUCCUAUACGUAUCUACAUGCAGCGGCGCAAUUAGGGUAAUUUUUUU